AUCUUUCUUUUCAUUCAAAAAUGCAGUUAUACGAACCGUGGUUGCCAGAGAGAACAUGAACACAAUGUGAUGCUUCGCCUUCCCUUUCGCAUUGAUUUGUUCAGCAGUUCGAUUAGUUAUAUGUUGAUUUGCCUCGAGUCGAUGUCAGCUACCCCUACCGCUACGGGUGCAGACGUAGAAUAUGAAAUCGAAGCCGCGAGACCAGCAUGGUCCUGCUCCGAUACCCAUCCCCCUUGGAGAUGAAAAGGCCUUCAUCGCGCUCGGUGACGAAAUCGGGAGCAAACGGCCGAGGCUCAAUAACCGAUUGGUCAAAAAAAUUCUCCGCGUCGCCCGGGAACCCGAGUGUUUUGGUGCCGGCACCGAGUUCCGCCUCGCAGGCUCCAGCAAACACCACACGGACAUCCUCGGUUCGGACUACGACUAUCGCGUCAGAACCAAGAGCCCAAUCACGCAAAAGCAGCGGCGACGCUUCGCAGAGCGGUUGCGGGAAGAAUUUCUCCUGACAAAGGAGGAACUUCUGCAAGAGGAGGCAGAGGACGCCGAAGUCGCAGAAGGUAGUCCUGCUGGGGCAGUGGUCGCGCAUGCAGGCCGCGCCGGCGCAGGACGAGUAGAAUGUGAUCCUGUCGAACGACAAAGAGAAAACCGAGCGCAACUGCUCGAAUACAACUACGCGGUCAAGCGAGUAAAGAUCAAGGAGCUUGCGAUCAAAGUGGAGGCGGUGUCAGGCGCUAGCUACGACUUCGUGCCCAUGUCGCGAAAUUUUGGCGAAGUACAAGAUCUGCAUGACCUGCCCUUCUGUGGGAAAACUCGGCCGGAAAUAGAUCGCGAAUUGGACGCUUUUUUCGAAAACAACAAGCCAAUGCAGGCGGUAGUGAGAAUCUUGAAAGCACAGACCGCGAUCGUUGGCGGAGUCCCUGGUGUUUGGUUGGAGGUUAUGACCAUGCGCGCCGCAAGUCUUUUGAACAAAACGAAUUACGAUGAUGAAGAUGAGGAAUCAAAAAACAUAAAUUUCAUGAGCGGGAAGGGAAACCGAAACUACGGGAUGCAGUUGCAAAACAAGCACCAGCCCGAGUUGUGUGUUAGAGUCAACAAUGUCGCUACAGCCACACAUCAACUCGUGAUAGAUCUGUUUCUGGAGGGUCAGGACAGCAGAAUCAAACAACUGUUGCUGGCGCGGGAAGAUAAAAGUCACAAAACGAAAAAAUACACCAGGAGCCUGGAGAAGAUUCAGAAGCACUUUGCGCAAAACGGACACCGAUCGAUUGUCCAUCGGUGUAAAGAGAACAGACUACUUGUUGAAAGGAAUUCGAAUUGGAUUGAACAGAAAGAGGAUUGUUGCCAGUCGCAAACGAGGAUUGACAGUGAGCCAGCAAGAACGCGACAAACGUCGUCGAAAACGAAACGCGCUCCUUCAGGAGGAGCACGACCUGACGUUUCUACUACUUGCCCUUGUUCAUCUUCUGAAGAGAAUACAAUCGCGGAAAUAAGUAGCAAGAAGAUGAAGAAACGUCACAAUUACAGGCACUACGCAACCGGCGUAACAGGACAGAUGACAGUAAAAAUACACGACACCAGAAAUAAACAGAACAACCCCGCCGCGGACACAACGCAAGCUUCUGGGCAAGAAUCCAAAACAGAACUACCAGUACCAGUGGAGGUUCUCUCAUCUAAGGUGGUAGAGUCUGAACGUAGUAUGCAUAUGCUCGGAAGUUGUGAACGUGAAGAUCAACGGAGAAGUAUCGAUAUCUCUACUCUGGGCCUAGUAGAAUUACAGCUUGAGAAACUUUUGAAACGACACCAAGAAGAAAAUCAAAAUAUUCUGACGCGACAACGUGAGGAAAUACUCAAUCUUUUGCGCGAACGUGAUCAUGUGUGCGAAUUAUGAUGGUCGCUGAAAUUUUCAAUGAAAUGAAAGUGAACGCCGGCACGACGAAAGCGAAACCUCGCACAAACACGACGAGAAAAUAAGCG